AGUGCUUAGCAUAAUGGUUGCCGUUGUGGUGAAUUUAUUUUUGAUCAGAAAAGUUCAUUCUCUAGUUGAGUUUACGAACAUCAAAUGCGAAGUAGUUGACCCCGAUUUCUGCAACUUUGAAUAUUGUUUUCUGAAGUCGGUGAACCGGACCUACAAAUACUAUGUUCUAAAGGUGAAUCUCUAUAAAACUCCGGUAACCAAAGUUAAGCUGAACUCUGCUAUUUAUAAGUUUGCCAACGGCUAUAAACCCUUCAUGUACAAUGUUACUGUCGAUGCAUGCAAGUUCCUCAAAAAUCCGAAAUCCAACCCGAUUACUGGCUACAUCCAUGGUUUCUUCAAGGAUAUUUCCAAUAUGAACCACUCUUGCCCCUACGACCAUGACCUUGUGGUGGAUAAACUGUCAACUCAGUUUUUUAAUGACCGAGUGACUAAGAUUCUGCCUUUUCCGGACGGAAAGUACUUGGUCCAAAUGAACUGGAUUGCCUAUGACAUUUUGCGAGCUGUCUUUAAGAUAUACUUCGUAUUAUCUUGA